GAGCUUUUGUUAUUCUAUAGUCGUCAGGAAGAGUAUUCAUACAUCUCUGUCCUUCCCAUAACGGCACCGGUAAUGAAGGGACACAGCCGAUGGACGGCUGAGACCAUUACAAAGACAACAGCCGUCGGAACCGACUCAAUGCUAGCUUCUUCGCCUCCACCACGCUGACGACCCCGGCAUCGUUGUGAUAGGAUCCGCUUUACUGCUCCAUGCGUAUGCCGAUUAACCACGUUGUGCCAUCGGGGCCGUGAAAAUGACCUCAUGUCUGAUUCGCAUUGUCUUCCCCACGGGGUUUGUCCUGUCUCCGCAGCGAACCGACCAGCGCUGAAGGAUUGGCUAGAGUACUUGUACGGCACGAAUCCCGCGGUGAACCUGUUGAUUAUCAAUUUCUGCGCUUGCCCUUCUGCAUUCAACUGCUACUUCUUCAGCUUCUAGAGCGAUGGCAAAUGGCUACGAUGCAAGUCUGGAUAGGUUGAAGACGCAUGAGCUCGAGAUUGGUGCUACCGAUGCCAUACAGAGACAUUACGACAGACAAGUUGUAGAACGCAGGCCAGUAUCGCAACGCAAACUAGACUUUGAGCAUCGACGUCCAAGAUGGCUGCGAGAAUGCAUGGCUGAAGCCACCGGUGUCUUCUUCUAUGUCUAUCCUGGAAUUGCCGCAACCGCGGCCUUCACCCUCAACGAAGCCAAUCCAGCCUUCGGAUCAAUCUUUCAAGUUGGCUGGGCUUUUGCUCUGGGCAUUGCUUUCGCCAUCAUAACAUGCGCCUCGACUUCUGGCGGUCACUUCAAUCCAGCCAUCACCAUCUGCUUCGCUGUCUGGCAAGGUUUCCCUUGGAAGAAAGUGCCCUACUAUAUCUUCUCCCAGAUCUUCGGCUCCUUCAUCGCCGGUCUGCUUGUCAUGGGUCAGUACCACGUCCAAUUGUCGGAAUUCGCGGCACAGACAAUCGCCGAGGGGAAGGGCACCGUGUUCAACGGUGGACCAGCGAGUGUGCUAUGUACAUUCCCAGGCGAGGGACAAACAAACCUAGGCUACUUAUUCCUGAUUGAAUUCUUUGUCGACUCGUUCAUUGGCAUUGUUAUAUGGGCCUGUCUGGAUCCUGCAAAUCCAUUCGUAUCGCCCGCAUCCGCACCAUUCGCCAUCGGACUUGUCUACGCCGUUAUGGUAUGGGGGUUUGCAGACAUCUCCAUUUCGACGAACUUGGCGCGUGACCUCGGAACGCGGAUUGUGGCGGCUAUCUUCUAUGGCGGGGAGGCUUUCAGCUACUACAAUUACAGCUGGAUCGCGAUAAUGGUCAAUGUGCCUGCGACGUUAUUUGCCACGGCCUAUUAUGAGCUGUUGAUGAGAGACAGUCUGCAGAAGAUUGGCAAGGGACAUGCGCUGCAUGAGGAGGGUGAGGAGGGGUUGCAGAGACAUUUGACUAAGACGCAGGUGAUUGAGCAGGGGGCGGCGAGUAUGUUGGCAAACGGUGCGAGCAGACAGCACCGGGAGGUGGUCUGAACGAACAUUCACGAUGGUAUUCAUUGCGUGUUCCAGAACAUAACUUAAACAAAGAAUAUGAGAAUAAGUUAUUAAACCAAGAGACUCGGAUACGAUUACACUGCGAAUACUCGCUGCCUGUAUCAAGGGUAUCACUACAGCAAAACCGAUACUCGAAAUAUGAGAGAAACUUUAAGCAAGACCUUCGCCGAC